GGCGGGCCGCAGCCCGGGCCGGAAGCGUUCUCUCGCAGGCGGUGUUUCCUUCCUGUGUGGUACUAGUUAAGGGCUCCUGCAGCCGCUGCAUUAGCACGGAGGGUACUGUCAAGAUGGUACAUGCUGAAGCCUUUUCUCGUCCAUUGAGUCGGAAUGAAGUUGUUGGGUUGAUUUUCCGUUUGACAAUAUUUGGUGCUGUUACAUACUUUACAAUCAAAUGGAUGGUAGAUGCAAUUGAUCCAACCAGAAAGCAAAAAGUAGAAGCUCAGAAACAGGCGGAGAAAUUAAUGAAGCAAAUUGGUGUGAAAAAUGUGAAGCUUUCAGAAUAUGAAAUGAGCAUUGCUGCUCAUCUCGUAGACCCUCUUAACAUGCAUGUUACUUGGAGUGAUAUAGCUGGCUUAGAUGAUGUCAUUACAGAUCUGAAGGACACAGUCAUUUUACCUAUCAAAAAGAAGCAUUUAUUUGAAAAUUCCAGGCUUCUGCAGCCUCCAAAAGGCGUUCUUCUCUAUGGGCCUCCAGGCUGUGGUAAAACGUUGAUUGCCAAGGCUACGGCCAAAGAAGCAGGCUGUCGGUUUAUUAACCUUCAGCCUUCAACACUGACAGAUAAGUGGUAUGGAGAAUCCCAGAAAUUAGCUGCUGCGGUUUUUUCCCUUGCCAUCAAGCUGCAGCCUUCCAUCAUCUUUAUAGACGAAAUAGACUCCUUUCUACGAAACCGUUCAAGUUCUGACCAUGAAGCUACAGCCAUGAUGAAAGCUCAGUUUAUGAGUCUCUGGGAUGGUUUGGACACUGAUCACAGCUGCCAGGUCAUAGUGAUGGGAGCCACUAAUCGUCCUCAGGAUCUGGACUCAGCUAUCAUGAGAAGAAUGCCUACAAGAUUUCAUAUCAACCAGCCUGCUCUAAAACAAAGAGAAGCAAUCCUAAAACUCAUCUUGAAAAAUGAAAAUGUGGAUAGGCAUGUGGACCUGCUAGAAGUUGCCCAGGAAACUGACGGGUUUUCAGGAAGCGACCUAAAAGAGAUGUGUCGAGAUGCUGCCCUCCUCUGUGUCAGGGAGUAUGUCAAUUCUACAUCAGAAGAAAGCCACGACGAAGAUGAAAUUCGGCCUGUGCAACAGCAGGACCUGCAUCGGGCAAUUGAAAAGAUGAAGAAAUCAAAGGAUGCGGCAUUUCAGAAUGUUUUAACACAUGUUUGUUUAGAUUAAGAGUAAAGGUCAUUUGUACAGGUCAGCGGUCGGUGUGCCCUGUUAAUCAUUAGUGGAAACAGAAUGAAAGCGGGAGUAUUCUUUGAACAGCGAGGGAGUGGAAUAACACUGGUUUUAUACUCUGAAUUCUAAGUUAUUGAGACAUAGCUGUUAUAUAAAUGGUAUUACCACUUGUCAGAAAUCAUGAGGAGGAACAAUUUAAUCCAGCCUGAGUGUAGGUGCUUGUGUUUGACCUUUUUAGCCAUACAUUGCAGCCUUAUAGCAUCUAAGCUGGUCGUAAGUAACAGUUCAUAUUAUUGAGUCAUUAGUGAGAGAUGGGGAUGUGGUUAAGUGCUGCUUUCUAGAUACAUGAGAGAGAGAGAGAGAGAGAGAGAGAGUGUGUGUGUGUGUGUGUGUGUGUGUAUUAAAUGUAUAUAUUCACACAUUUUAUAUUGACAUUCUGUAGAUAUGUUUGAAUAUGGAAACUUUUUUUUACCCCAACUACUGAAUCAAAAAGUACCAAAUACUACAUAGCAAAAAUAAGAUCGAAUGUUGUAUCUAAAAGGUACAGUGAUUCAGCCAUUUUCAGUUGUCACUUGUUUCAGCUUUUUUUUUUUAAUUAAGUGUUUCCCUGCUGUUGAAUAGUCGGAGUCUGCCACAUCCGAAUAUUUAGGUGUGUGUCCGUUGUUUUGGUUGUCAGGAUAAUAAUAUGGGAUGGUUUUCAGGCAGUUGCAUGAGCAACACUGAUUUCACCUGUCCGCGAGCACGCUGAGUAGAGACAUUUUUAAAUUGAUAGACAUAAAGGUGAUUAAAAGUCAUUCAGAAGAAUGGCUUUGAAAUUCCUCAGUGCCAUACAGUACAUGUAAGUGACUUUUCCUUUAUUCAUGUAAUGUAACAUAGUUCUGUUGUAACCAUGAUUUUUUUUAAUGUUAUUUUAAAGUUAUAUGUUCUUUAUUUAUGGUCAAAUAUAAUUUGGUCAUCAAAAAUAAAAUGGUAAUUUAAAACAAGUAGCUUUUAUUAAAUGUGCUAAAAAUACUCAUUUUGUAAUUGAAAUUUUAAGUUUUCUUAGCCUAUUAUAAAUUGUGCCCAGUCAGUGCAAUCACACACAGAAAAAGGCCCCAUAUCGUGCCUGUAGUCACCGAUGCUGUGCGCAUCAGAACUCCGCCACAGCCUCUUCAACACACAGCCUGAGGAACACAGCACGCUGUGGUAUUCAGGCACGUUCUGAAUCAUCAGAAAGAUUAAACGAUGCUUUAUAUGUUUUUGUUUUUAUUGUAUUUCUUUGAAAACUCUCAAUCUCUAUUUGUGAGUUAUUGGAUUAAUGUCAUUGGUAGUAAGUCUCUCACUAGAACCCUAUUGAAUGGUUUGCUGCUCUUCAGUUGUGCUUUGAGUGGCGGGUGGGGUAGAAGUCGUGGGAGAACACUCUGGAUAACAAAAAUCAAGUUUUGAAAAAAUUGGAAAGAUGAUUGAUAAAUUGAGUGCAAAACACAAGGUACCAAAAAAUAUAGUCUCCACUUUAAAAAUUAUACUAUUAUUUUAUAAAUGUGUAAUAAAGAGGUCCCUGUUAAUUGAUUUUUCUCUACGUAGGCCUUGUCUUUGUCAGUUAUAUAAAGUGUUCUGGCGUGGUUUUGGUUUAUGGAACCUGCUAUCGUGCUGUGUAGCUUUCACACUUUAUAACACACAUAUUAGUGUUUAAUCAUUAUUUUUGUUUUAGUAUGAAUUUCAGUAAGUACUAGUUUUAAUCUGAUGACAUACUAAUCAAAAAUAAGAGGUGGCGUAUUCCUUCCCAUAUCCCUUCUCUUUAGUUUCUCUUAAAUUCAGAAUAUUCGAUAGUAGUAGUUAUUAAAUUUAUCAUGGUUUUAAUCAUCAAAUGAAGUUAGAGAACUACACUACUAAUCCCAGCAAUUAUGGUUCAUUUAGGUAACUUAAUGCCUUAAAGUAAUUGAGGAAACAUUAUUAUUAUUAUUAUUUUGCUAACAGUUUCUGGGUGAGAACGUGCAUCUUCCCUAGGUGAUCAACGUGGGGAAAGACCUUCUUAUUUAUGUAUUUAGUUUUACUCAAAUAUUUUUGGGUGCAUUAUUACAUGAGUUUCAGAUGUACAACAUAGUCAUUCAGUAUUUAUGUACCUUACGGUUAAUCACCACGAUAAAUCUAGUAACCAUCUUUCACUGUACAAGUUACUACCGCAGGCUGUCUUCCCUCCAGUCGUACAUCACGUCCUUGUUAACUCAGUUAUUGUAUAACUGGAAGUUUGUGCUCGUAUUCCCUUCCAUCUCCCUCCCCACCCCACAAUCAUCACUUUGUUUUCUAUCUGUAUGAAUCUGCUUCCGUUUUGCUUUUUAGAUUCUGCAUAUAAGUGAAAUAGUAGAGUUUUUACCUUGCCUUAUUUCAGUUUAGCCUCGUAGCCCAUCCAUGUUGUCAUAAACGGCAAGAUUUCAUUCUUUUUCCAUUCUUUUUUUAUGGCUGAGUAACGUUCCACGUUGUGUGUGUGUGUGUGUGUGUGUGCGCGCGCGCGUGCGCGCAUGCAUGCUUGCGUUCACCACAUGUUUACCCCACCCAUCAGUCAGUGGAUACUUAGGUCGCUUCUAUAUCUUGGCCACUGUGACUAAUGCUGCAGUGAAUACAGAUAGGGAUGCAAAUAUCUUUUCAAAUUAGUGUUUUGGUUUUCCUUAGCUAGCUAGAAGUGGGAUUGAGGAAACUUUAAUGGAUACUUUUAAAGAAUAUUUAGUGUUAUAUGACCCAUCACUCUGAUGUAGGGUAUGCACGUGGCAUAUGUGGUUGGAAUCUAGGUUCUCUCCUUUCGGGUAUCGGGAGGAAAGCCAGAUCUGGAGUUGGACUAAGUUUAAAUCCAGGCUCCCCAUUAACUGUUCUUAGACCGGUUAUCUAACUUUGAGCCUCAGCUUCUCAUUAUAAACCUGUAGUGACAGUGGCACCAUCCUACCGGGCUGUGUAGUGAAAUGAGGCAUAGAAAGCACCGAUCACAGGGCCUGGCACAGUUACACUGCCCAGAUGUUAGCUAUCACAUCAUUACUUUUCCAUACUGACGUCCAUAUCUGGUGACCAGGCUCACAUGUUGAGUGUGCUCCACGCUCAAGUCAGUUCUGGGACCCUGAAGCCUACACUAAGGACUGAAAUGGAACACCCGGGUAAUGUCCUCUAAAAGCCUCAUUGUUGAAAGACUUCUGAUGCGUCUCAAAGUUUGCCAGACCUUUUUAUAAAACAGUUUAGUACCUCAGUAUUUGAAUCAAUUCAGUGUCUCCUUUAUGAUUUCUUUCUAUCUCAUUCAACCCCCUUCCUGCUCCCCAUCCCCCCCACACAUACACGUGCAGAGCGACCCAGCAUUCAUCAUGUUUUCAAGAGCUAAUUUGAGAUCAUCUGAAUACUCUAUAUAGACUAUAAUAGCCUAACUUUAGCAGCUAUAAGUACUCCUAGGUUUGGUGUUAGGUGAGUCUGUCUCAAGCCUUAAGUGUACCUGUAAGUAUGGCAGCAUCCCUCAUUGGUAAGGGUUUUUUUUGUUUUGUUUUGUUUCAUUGCAUUUGUGUCGUUUGUUGACAAAUGUUAACUUCCUUUGGCAUAAAGAAAAUAAAUUGGAUAAUGUAUAUUUAAGAA